AUGAACACUCGCCAACAGGCAAUAUCAGCAAAUGAUGCCGCUUCCCUCGAUAGGGAUUUGAUGGAUAUGGGCGGCUGGUCGCUUGAUCAGCUAAUGGAACUCGCCGGGCUUUCGGUCUCCCAAGCAGUGUGGAGAGUCCAUCCUAUCACUGCAGGCAAGAAUGUCCUUGUUGUAUGCGGACCUGGUAACAAUGGAGGAGACGGCCUUGUGGCAGCACGACAUCUAUCACACUAUGGAUAUAAACCAUCCGUCUACUAUCCAAAGGAAGGAAAAAAUGAGCUCUAUCAAGUAUGUGAUUCAAACCAACACCAACAACCAAAGCUGACACGACUCCAGCGCCUUAAAACCCAACUACAAAAUCUCUCAGUCCCAUUCAUAACUGACUUUCCAGCCGCUCUCAAGACCACUGACUUCCUCGUUGAUUCUAUAUUCGGCUUCUCCUUUGGUGGGCCCCUACGUGAUCCAUUUGGCCCAAUUAUUUCGCAUAUUGAAUCGUCAUCUGUACCUGUAUUGAGCGUUGAUGCCCCUAGCUCAUGGGAUAUUCAGAGUGGCCCGCCAAAGGAGGGUCCUGGGGCUAAUUUUAUGCCCAAGGCAUUAAUUAGCUUGACGGCACCAAAGCCGUGCGUCAAGUUCUACCGUGGACGGCAUUUUAUUGGAGGGCGAUUCUUGACAACGUCGAUUACGGAGAAAUAUGGGAUUGAUUCACCUAAGUAUCCGGGGAUUGACCAGGUUAUGGAGGUUGAGGUUGAUGCGGAGGGAAAGGUUUGA